AUGCAGCAAGAGCCCGAUGUUGAUAGAGUUGUAGACGAAGUUGUUAUCCAUUUAAAUGAAGUUCACAGCGAUAGCGACUUUCUCGAGACCGAAACUGAAGAUGAAGAUGCCGAAGAACGGAGCGAUGAAGCAGAAGGGGAAUUUAGCGGAAUUUUGGAUGUACAGUCUGGCAAAGCCAGUUUAAGCUGUGAAAAACCGGCUGCACCGUAA